UAAGCCAGGUUGCAUCUGCGCUGCCUCCAUCCUGUACCGGCACUGCUUCUAACGGCUUUAACGUCGUUGGCCAGCAGUACACUCUACCAGGCAUUGGCCCUGCAUUUGGGCAGGACAAUGUAGGAACGGCAAUGGAGGAUGGCAUGGAUUCGUCUGACAAGGGCUACUCUUCUGGACCUAUGGCUACUCUUGCCACCAUUGCUGGUGACGUUGAGCUGGAGCCGAUGUCAAUGCAAUCUUCUGGCCCGCAGGGGCUAUUACCAAACAACACCACUCCAACUGGAAUUCUUCCACUGGGUGGCUCUGCAUCUUGCAAUAAUGGUGGUGGUGUGAAUGGAGCUCCAUUUCAACCAUAUGCUCAAACCAAUGGCAAUGGUUCAAUGGCUUUCAAUACCACCACUAACACUAGCGAUCCUCGCACCACCCAUAAUCAGGGUCCACAAACAGUCCAUACUGUGAGCACGGCUGCAUUCUCUUGCAGCAGCAGUAGCGACAACAUCAACAACAUAAGCAGUGGGAGUGGCGCGUCCGAUGCGGACACUGCCCUGCCUAAUGUGAAUCAAAUUGACCGGCGUCUGUUGGUCUCCCAAUCCGGUAUUUACCAAGGCGGUGGAUCCAGCUUCAAUGUCGGUACUGUGCCAGUGGCCAACCAUAUGAUUAAACCAGCACAUGCUGUAAUGCCUGGAUCAAACACAAGCAUCUCUGUUCACCCAGUUCCUAACAGUCAGGACAACUUCAAGCCGCCUGAUGAAUUGGACACAGCCUUCAUCAACAGUCAGCCUCCCGGCUGCAACAAUGGUUCCAUGUUGCAUGCUGCCGUCUCGAAGUCACACACUGGAAUGGUAGCUACCAUCGAGACAGUUGUUUCACUGCCGAUAAACGAUCGGUCAUCUCUGGCUGGCCAACAACAGCAGCAGCAGCAACAACAACAACAGGAACAGUUGCAGCAUCACCAGCAACAGCAAAAUCAGCAUGAGCAGCUGCGGCAGCAGCAGCAGCGGAAUUCGCUCGGUGUAGGCCUGCACGAAUGCCCCAUACUAUCCGACAAUGAGAUUGAAGAUUUACUUGGACGUAUGGAACCGGAUUCUAGAGAGGCAAGGCACAUAGCUAGUUCAGGACAAUGUGGGCCUCACAUUACGACUCCGUCGUUGCCGGCAGGUAAUGACGAUGGAAUUCACCCCUUCUCGGCGAUGGAAUUCAACCCUACAGAAGUGCCUCGCAGUGCCCCCAUGGCGGCUGCAUCUGUUGCUGCUGCUGCUUCUGCAGUCAGUACCCCACACAGACAUAGUGUGGAGGAAGUCCAAGAAGCUGAUGACGUGGCCGCAAGCAAAGCUACACCGUCCCCUCAGUCGGAUAACAAUGUCACUGAAAUGAUGGCCAGACUUCUACAAGUCCUGAAGAAAAAUGAGGAGUUGGAAAAAGCACUGACGUUGAAGGAGGAAGAGGCUGAGCACCAUCGUGUUGCGGCCCUGGAGACAACUCGUCUUGCCGAAGAGAAGGCUCGCCUUGCUGAGGAGAAUGCCCGCCUUGCUGAACACAAUCGACAUCUUGCUGAACAGAAGCAUGUGGCAGAGCAAGCUAGGCAUGACCUCCAACAAGCUGUGAAUCGGAACAAGGCCAAGCCAGGGCUGCUUGAUGCCACCAGGUCAAAAUCAAGGCCAAGACGCGCACGUUCGUCAUCAAGACCGAGCGUUGAGCCCACCGAAAGAGAGGAGUCCAAGAAGAAGCUGAAUGAACUGUUACUCCAUGGAAUGGGACACCCUAAUCAGAGACCACUGCUGUCAGUGCCUGUCUCGACCACCACACAAGCAGAGGCAAUGAGUGCCGAAGCUACUCAAACCUCGGCUGGAGUCAGGAGUUUCAUUGGUAGAAUCAUCAAGCCUGAAGAAAUUGAGCAUGUUACCCUCACGCCAGGCAAAGAAAGAUUCAAUCGACAAUUCCAUGUGGAGGCACACUUCAACGGGUUUAUCCCAGGCUGUGCGUCGCAAGGUCAUACCCUUUACUUUCAACUGACGUCCACAAUGCGCACUGUGAGGAGUCAAGCAGCUGAGUUUUCCAGGCACACUCACAUUCUCACAGCACUAGUGCCAAGCAUACCAAAGGAUGGCAUUGGCUGUAAUGAGGAAGUGUUUGAAGUCACGCUGGUUUGCCAAAUGGGUCGCAAAUCAUGUGCGGCCAUUGGCCAAAUCACGCUCACUGCGUUGGAAGAGGCAGGCUCUGGGUCAAAAAGCUCAGUUCCCACACGAGAUCCGAACACUGCAACCAGUGGAUCAGGUACACGUGGAAGUAGUGCACCACCAGGAGCAAGCAACGCAUCAUCCUGCUACGGAGCCCUGCCUGGUGGAAUGCAGGCUGGAAUAUCUCACUGCAACAUGACCAUUGCUACAGGAGCUGAUAUCAAUGUGAGCAACCAUGGCGGUGCUGACAAUAACGAUGGGAGCAGCUCGUCAGAUUGUGAUCCAACAUGCCAUCAGUGUGUUGCCACUGUUCCCUUUAUGAUGUCCGUCCAAGGUGGGAUAACAAGUUCAUCAUCUUCGACUGAAACUGACCCCGAUGACAACGUGUGCAGAGUAACAGGUGGAGACGCAGUCAGCCAAACUUGCGGCGUGCAAGCUUCGGCAAAGGAGCUAACGCAGCACUGCAUUCCAGACAACUACAAAGUGCUUGGCACGGUUGAGCAGAUCACACACCUCUUCCAAGCACUGAUCAAUGAGGAAGAUUGCACAGUUGCGGUCAGCAAAAGGGAUGAUGCAAAGGAGGAGUCAACCUUGCAGAACGCAAGCCGACUGGAGGAUUCUACCCAAUCCACUUCCUCCACUGCAAGCCAGUCCAUUCUGGUUGUGUGUUCUCAAUCCCUCUGCACUACAAGCAAUUUGGAGUACUGUUACCUGCCGGUUUCUAGAACGAAAUCAUCCCUGGAUGAUAUCACUUCCAACCAGGACCACUCAGAGCAGCCGGACGAUGAGAACAGGCGACGUGCAGGUGAAGGCAGCACUGCAGCUAGCUACAACCCAUUUCAGCCUAGUGACCAAGGCCCAGGAUACCCCAUCAUAGGCGUGCUUUCCAUUGGCUUGGUCUCAGAAUUCAUAGAACUCAUCUCAAAAUUAGGAAGAAUCGGCUCAAGAAUAAAGGAACUCACCUCAGUGGAUGAAUCACGGGUCUCAGAAUUCAUAGAACUCAUCUCAAAAUUAGGAAGAAUCGGCUCAAGAAUAAAGGAACUCACCUCAGUGGAUGAAUCACGGUUGAAUGUGGUGACUACGCAGAUGUACAUGGAGAAAUUGACCAAAGUAUACACUGCACAAAUGCGUUUGGUAAGUAACUACAAGAGAUGGGUCAUGCUUCUUUGUUAUCCGUUUUGGUUCUGCUUGGUCAUUAUGAGUGGCUGUUAGUGGAAGGGAUGUGAUAUGGGUGUGUGUUGAUCUUCUGCUGUCAAGUUCAGAGCAUACACAAAAAAGAUGAUGGUGACAAAAGUUCUAAAGGUGGUGACAAAACUGACAGUGCUGGUCGGACAUGCAUACACAUGGCGCUAGAAUUUAACCAUGUGCAUGAAGAAGACAAUUGAUUUGAGUUUCGCACUAAUGCUGCCUCAUAUACAUGGAAAAUAAAUUGACGCCACGGUGAAACAAACGGACGUCGUCACGUCACGUCACUAAGGCUGCUGGUUUUCA